AUGGCUAAGGCCCUGUGCCAGCUACACAGUUUUAUUUCUCACUCAUGGUAUCUUCCAGAAUGGGUGUUUGGGUGCUGGGUCUGGCUACUGGUGGCCGCCACCCAGGUAGCAAACCCGUUGCUGCAAGGAUGGGUGAUGUACGUCUCACUCACCUCGUUCCUCAUCUCCUUCAUGUUCCUGUUGUCUUACUUGCUUGGAUUUUACAAAAGAUACGAGUCCUGGAAAGUCCUGGACAGCCUGUGCCACGGGACCACUGCCAUCCUGUACAUGAGUGCGGCCGUCUUACAGGUGCACGCCACGAUCGUCUCUGAGACCCAGAACCUAAGCAAUUACUACAUCAACACCACAGCCUCCUUCCUCGCCUUUAUCACCACCCUGCUGUACAUCCUCCACGCCUUCAGCAACUACUACCACUGAAGAGGCGGGGAGCCGCGCCGACGCGAGAGAGGCUCCAUAAAACCCGGAUUAUUGGCUCCCAAAAGCAGUGAUCAACAUUCGC